AUGGCCGGAACCAAGCAGACAGCGCGUAAAUCCAUCGGAGGGAAAGCUCCCCGCAAGCAGCUGGCAACCAAAGCGGCCCGCAAGAACUCUCCGGCCACAGGCGGAGUGAAGAAGCCUAAUCGCUACAGGCCCGGCACGGUGGCUGUGCGGGAGAUCCGCCGCUACUAGAAAUCCACUGAGCUGCUGAUCCGCAAACUGCCCUUCCAGCGCCUGGUGCGGGACAUCACUCAGGACUUCAAGACCGACCUGCGGUUCCAGAGCUCGGCCGUGAUGGCCCUGCAGGAGGCCAGCGAGGCUUACCUGGUGGGGUUGUUUGAGGACACCAACCUGUGUGCCAUUCACGCCAAGCGAUUCACUAUCAUGCCCAAAGACAUCCAGCUGGCCCGCCGGAUCCGUGAGGAGCGCAGUAAAAGUGGCACCCCCAGCGGCGGUUUUCUUGGGCAGCAGCACAGCCUGGAUAUUAGGCAGCACCUCACCCUGAGCGAUGGUCACUCCUCCCAACAGCUUGUUGAGCUCCUCGUCGUUGCGCACGGCCAGCUGGAGGUGCCGAGGGAUGAUGCGGGUCUUCUUGUUGUCCCGGGCCGCAUUACCGGCCAGCUCGAGGAUUUCAGCCGUCAGAUACUCAAGUACCGCAGCCAGAUAGACCGGCGCUCCGGUACCCACACGCUCAGCAUAGUUACCCUUUCUCAGGAGCCUGUGAAUACGGCCUACCGGGAACUGCAGGCCAGCCCGGGACGACCAGGACUGCGCUUUGGAACGAGCUUUCCCACCAGCGCCCUUUCCUCUCCCGGACAUAACCAAAAUCUUACAACCACUUUCACACACAAUGAUGCUGAAAUCGGCGGGCUUUUUGAAAUUGACAAACUGUCAUUUCAAGUUAACCAAUUAUUCUUCAACAAUUAUUUUACUGCCUUUUCUGUACCUUCCGGAGCUGUUUCUCAGUGGGCUGAGGGAGGGACUGUAUCCAUUCCCAGCUCUCGGGCGGGAUCUUCAUUCCCCUUAAAUAGGCAGCACCGCAGCAGGCUCAGCAUUGAUAGCAACAACCUGUGUGUGUUGAAGAGAAUGGCCAGAACCAAGCAGACAGCGCGGAAGUCCACCGGAGGGAAAGCUCCCCGCAAGCAGCUUGCAACCAAAGCGGCCCGCAAGAGCGCUCCGGCCACGGGCGGAGUGAAGAAACCUCAUCGCUACAGACCCGGCACGGUGGCUCUGCAGGAAAUCCGCCGCUACCACAAAUCCACCGAGCUGCUGAUCCGCAAACUGCCCUUCCAGCGCCUGGUGCGAGAGAUCGCUCAGGACUUCAAGACCGACCUGCGGUUCCAGAGCUCGGCCGUGAUGGCCCUGCAGGAGGCCAGCGAGGCUUACCUGGUGGGGCUGUUUGAGGACACCAACAUGUGUGCCAUCCACGCCAAGCGAGUCACCAUCAUGCCGAAAGACAUCCAGCUGGCCCGUCGGAUUCGCGGGGAGCGCGCCUAAACGGAACGUACCCGCCCUCCACAUUAACCCCGAGAAACACAACGGCUCUUUUCAGAGCCACUAAACUAUUCGGAGACAGCAGUAA